AUGGUACUAGAAGUGCUCAGCGGGGUUAAACCUGGGCCGCUCCCGCCUUCCACCACGGGCCAGUCUAACGGGGGAGUUUGUUCUCGUUCCACUGAGGUGCUGCUUAUUAUUGUUUUAUUUUUUCUGUAUGCUGGGGGCUGGAGAGGGGCAGGGCCCCCGGGUGCGGGGUUCCCAGCCCUGCGGGACGGGGCUCAGCGGGACCGGCUCCCCGGGUGCGGGGUUCCCAGCCCUGCGGGACGGGGCUCAGCGGGACCGGCUCCCCGGGUGCGGGGUUCCCAGCCCUGCGGGACGGGGCUCAGCGGGACCGGCUCCCCGGGUGCGGGGUUCCCAGCCCUGCGGGACGGGGCUCAGCGGGACCGGCUCCCCGGGUGCGGGGUUCCCAGCCCUGCGGGACGGGGCUCAGCGGGACCGGCUCCCCGGGUGCGGGGUUCCCAGCCCUGCGGGACGGGGCUCAGCGGGACCGGCUCCCCGGGUGCGGGGUUCCCAGCCCUGCGGGACGGGGCUCAGCGGGACCGGCUCCCCGGGUGCGGGGUUCCCAGCCCUGCGGGACGGGGCUCAGCGGGACCGGCUCCCCGGGUGCGGGGUUCCCAGCCCUGCGGGACGGGGCUCAGCGGGACCGGCUCCCCGGGUGCGGGGUUCCCAGCCCUGCGGGACGGGGCUCAGCGGGACCGGCUCCCCGGGUGCGGGGUUCCCAGCCCUGCGGGACGGGGCUCAGCGGGACCGGCUCCCCGGGUGCGGGGUUCCCAGCCCUGCGGGACGGGGCUCAGCGGGACCGGCUCCCCGGGUGCGGGGUUCCCAGCCCUGCGGGACGGGGCUCAGCGGGACCGGCUCCCCGGGUGCGGGGUUCCCAGCCCUGCGGGACGGGGCUCAGCGGGACCGGCUCCCCGGGUGCGGGGUUCCCAGCCCUGCGGGACGGGGCUCAGCGGGACCGGCUCCCCGGGUGCGGGGUUCCCAGCCCUGCGGGACGGGGCUCAGCGGGACCGGCUCCCCGGGUGCGGGGUUCCCAGCCCUGCGGGACGGGGCUCAGCGGGACCGGCUCCCCGGGUGCGGGGUUCCCAGCCCUGCGGGACGGGGCUCAGCGGGACCGGCUCCCCGGGUGCGGGGUUCCCAGCCCUGCGGGACGGGGCUCAGCGGGACCGGCUCCCCGGGUGCGGGGUUCCCAGCCCUGCGGGACGGGGCUCAGCGGGACCGGCUCCCCGGGUGCGGGGUUCCCAGCCCUGCGGGACGGGGCUCAGCGGGACCGGCUCCCCGGGUGCGGGGUUCCCAGCCCUGCGGGACGGGGCUCAGCGGGACCGGCUCCCCGGGUGCGGGGUUCCCAGCCCUGCGGGACGGGGCUCAGCGGGACCGGCUCCCCGGGUGCGGGGUUCCCAGCCCUGCGGGACGGGGCUCAGCGGGACCGGCUCCCCGGGUGCGGGGUUCCCAGCCCUGCGGGACGGGGCUCAGCGGGACCGGCUCCCCGGGUGCGGGGUUCCCAGCCCUGCGGGACGGGGCUCAGCGGGACCGGCUCCCCGGGUGCGGGGUUCCCAGCCCUGCGGGACGGGGCUCAGCGGGACCGGCUCCCCGGGUGCGGGGUUCCCAGCCCUGCGGGACGGGGCUCAGCGGGACCGGCUCCCCGGGUGCGGGGUUCCCAGCCCUGCGGGACGGGGCUCAGCGGGACCGGCUCCCCGGGUGCGGGGUUCCCAGCCCUGCGGGACGGGGCUCAGCGGGACCGGCUCCCCGGGUGCGGGGUUCCCAGCCCUGCGGGACGGGGCUCAGCGGGACCGGCUCCCCGGGUGCGGGGUUCCCAGCCCUGCGGGACGGGGCUCAGCGGGACGGGCGCGAGGCGCCGCGCGCCCCCUGGCGGUGCUGCUGGGCCCGGGGCCGCUGAGGGAGCGAGGGCGGGAAGGAGGCGCUGCCUGA